AUGGUAUUUCUUGCGGUGUGUGAAAGUGCUGCAGCAGCAGAUGCAGAUGCAGAAACAGCAGCAGCAGCAGCAGCAGCAGCAGCAGCAGCAGCAGCAGCAGCAGCAGCAGCAGCAGCAGCAGCUGAUGAUGAUGAUGAUGACGAUGCAGCAGUAACAACGGGAGCAGCAGCAGCAGCAUCUGCAUCUGCUGCUGGUGCUGCUGCUGCUAGCGCAGAAGCAGCAACAAGAACAACAGGAAGAGAUGCAAAGACAAUAGCAGCAGCAGCAGCAGCAGCAGCAGCAUAG